GGCAGUGAGGUCUUGUGUGUGCUAGAGUGAGGGUCUGUAACGGAGAAACGCAAAAGGACAGACGACAAAAUGAAUCCGGUGUUCUAUGGCCUGCUGCUGGCAGCAGUGUCACUGUCGUCCAUCUCCGAGGGAUCUCCCCACUUCAGCCCCAGACCUCACACCCAUCGACGUGUGUAUUACUCGUCAUCUGCUGUGACUGUACAGCAACAGCCACAGCAACAGCAGCAGCAGCAGCAACAGCAGGGGUUCCAGCAGGGUGGCAGGGCGUUUAGUCAGCAGCAGCAACAGCAACAGCAAGGAGGUGGCGCAUUCAGUCAAAACGGAGGAUUUGGUGGUCGCUCAACUGGACAGAAUAGAGAAUUUGGUGGUCGCUCAACUGGACAAAAUGGGGGAUAUAAUGGUCACUCGACAAACCAAAAUGGCGCCUUUGACGAUCGUUCCUUCAGCCAGAAUGGAGGAUUCGAUGAUCAUUCUAUGAGUCAAAACGUAGGGUUUGACGAUGGUUUGAGCCACCAGGACACUGGUUUUAGUAGUCAGGGUGGAGGUUUGGAUGAUGGCCUCUCCAGCACUGGCUUCAGCAGCGGAGGGAGCAACAGCUUCGGUCAGGGAGGCAGCAGCAACUUGGACGAUGGAGUCCCCAGUAACCAGAACAGUGGCUUCAAGGGGCAACAGAGCAGCGAAUUCAACAAGCAAAGCAAUGGGUUCAGCAAUCAACAGAACAGCGGGUCAACCAAUCAAGAUGAUGGAGUCCCUGUCUUUGAUCAAAAUAAUGGAUUCAACAACCAACAAAACAACGGAUUCAACGGCCAGCAGAACAAUGGAUUCAAUAAACAACAGAACAGUGGAUCGACCAACCAAGAUGACGGUGUCUCAGUCUUCGACCAAAAUAACGGAUUCACCGGUCAGCAGAGCAAUGGAUUCAGUGGCAAACAGAACAAUGGGUUUAGUUCCCAACAAAGCAACGAGUUCAGUAAACAACAGAACAGCGGAUCAACCAACCAAGAUGAUGGUGUCCCUAUCUUUGAUCAAAAUAAUGGGUUCAACUCCCAACAGAACAGUGGAUUCAAAAACCAGCAAAACAAUGGGUUUAACAACCAGCAGAACAAAGGAUUCAGCAACCAGCAGAACAGCGGAUUCAAUAAGCAAAACGAUGGGUUCAGCAACCAACAAAACGGCGGAUCCACCAACCAAGACGACGGUGUGUCUGUCUUUGACCAAAGCAAUGGGUUCAACUCCCAACAGAACGGCGGAUUCAACAAGCAAAACGAUGGGCUCAGCGCACAACUGAACAUGGGAUCCACGAAUCAAGAUGAUGGCGUGCCUGUCUUCGACCAAAACGCCGGCUUCAACAAUCAGCAGAAUCAUGGUCAACAAAAUGGCGGGUACGGCAGCCAACAAAAUGGUGGGUACAACGGCCGGCAAAAUGGCGGGCACAAUCAACAAAAUGGUGGGUACAAUGGUCAGCAAAACAACGGUUUUAGCAGCGCUGGAUCAAGCAACCUAGAUGACGGCCAGAGCUCCCAAGCAAGCGACUUUGGUAGCGGGGGGAGCAGCGUCUUCGGCAGCGGCUCCAGCAUCUCCAGUAACCAGGACGACGGCAUAUCUGCCCCCAGCGCCUCCAGCACUGCCUUCAGCGCGCCAUCUGGCGGCGGCAGUGCGGUAGAUGACUCGCAGUUCCACUCCGGAGGGUUUGAUGAUAGCUUCAGUCAGCAGGGGUCUGGAGGUAGCGCUCAGCUUCAGCAAGGCGGUCGCGGUAAUAUUGAUGAUGUUAGUCAUGGAGUGGAGCCUUUCCAUGGGGUGGAUGAUGGCACUUUCGGCGCUGGAGGAUUCGAUGAUGGCACUAACGUCCCCUCGACUGGAUCGAGCGGUAGCUCAAAUGGAUUCGGAAGACACGCUAAUGGUUUCAACAAUGGAGGAAGCGGAAGACGACACAGCCACAACUCCUAUUCUCACUCUCACUCUCACCACGGCUCUCACCGCCACAGUGCCUCUCACAGUCACUCGAGGAGUUCUCACAGUUCUCGGAGUUCGAGUAGUUUCAGGCGUGGGGGAAACCGCGGACACGGGUUUCAGAGGAAGGCGUAUGUGCUGCAACCGGUGAAUUAUUGAAAAAGUGGAAGUUGUCACGCUGUAAAAAAUGUAACGUGCUAUGUUGUGGUAAAAUACAUUUGAAUUGAAAGGGCGUUGUUGAAAUACAUGCCUAAAUUGA